AUGCAGGACAACUCUUCCAUUGAAACUGGUCUUGCUUCUCAUCGCCAUAGCACGCCGUAUCCGACCUUCGGAAAACCAUACCUCUGGUUCUGUGUGAUGCAGCUCUCGGCUGUCAUACUGCUUGUGCCAUCACAUAAAGCUCGUAUACGAGAGCCAGUCCGCUUCAGGCUUGGCUUCCCUCCUUGCAUCUCCCUCUAUCCUCUGCCUGACGCGUCUUUGAAGACAGGGGCCAGAACCUCGAAAUCAGCCGCAAAACCCAGCGCAGUACUCGGGUCCCAGUGGAGUCCAUACAACAAACGGUUUAUGGGGCGUUCCAAUGUUGCAUGGCAAGGCGAAUAG